GAACGGGGAGAGCGAAAUACGAAUGGUAUUGGAAAAAAAAAAAACCGUUCAAAAACCAAUCGUCGUCCGGUGGAAACGCACCGCCGAACAAGACGCGAAUAGUGAUAUUAACAGUUAAUAUAUAUCAUAGAGUAACUGCUGAUGUUGCCGCUGCGGGGACGUUUCAGGCAUGGUGAUUAAAAAAUCGGGUUGUCAAAAAAUGUCUGUCGGAAACCGAGAUUCGCGUUUCAUUUGAAAACAAUUGAGAGACCACUCGAAUUGUAUAGUUUUCCUUUCGUUUUUCGCGCGACGGCGGCGUGACGUCGCAGACGAGUAUAGAUCAUAUACGCAACGUGGUGCGGAUUCGUUGUCGCCUUUGUUGUCGUCAUCGGUAGUCGCCUACUACUCUGGUUUGAUGCCGCCGCCGCUGCUGGUUAUCACUCGUACUCGUCGCAGUUUGGCGUAACGGUUUUGUGUUCGCACACACGGGCCGCGCCGCCGCCGUCACCGCCGUAGCACACUCAACAGUGCACACAUCGCAUCUACGUAUGUCCAUUUUUUUCAAUAUCACCUCGCUAACGGUUUUUUUCGUGCACCCGGUUUCUCGUCACCGUGUUAUCCGUUGUUUCAUCGGUCGUUGCACACCAUAUCACACGCAAGUGUCAUAUUCGUUACUCCGUGGACGGUCGUUGUCAUCCGUUUCGGUGUCGAGAAUCAAACUUUUUCGUCGACUCCCAACAUGCAAGUGGAAGACACAUUGUUCGAGGGCGUCAACUUGAAACUGGCCAUGGACAUCAAUAUCAAACGUACCGAUGGUCGCAUUCACAAAGCUGUUGUGUCUAGAAUGAAUCCAGAUACAAGAAGCAUUUCAGUAGAAUGGUUAGAAAAAGGCGAAACAAAAGGAAAAGAGAUUGAUUUAGAUGGAAUUUUAGAACUGAAUCCUCAACUACGUUCAAAUAUUCCAAGUAUUAAUAUGGUUGCUCAAAACGGUACCAAUAUACCAACUACUAGCAAAUUAGCAAGGUAUUCCACAAAAGCCUCAAUACAAGCUUUUACAAAUAACAAAGGUUUGUAUAAAGGAACAAAACCUGUUACUAGACAAACCAAUCAUUACUCUCCAGCUGUAAAUGGUUCUAGUGAAGUUUUAUCAACAACAGUUCCCUGUACGCCAUUAAAUCCUCCAACUCAAUACCAACAAAUACCUGUGUUAAAACCAGCUGAUCCGCCACCACCACAACAACCAUUAACUAAUUUAUACAGCAAUAAUAUAGCAGCAACAAACCGUGGGGCAAAUACAAUAGCAGCAGCAGCAGCUGCUGCUGCAGCAAAAGAUAGGCGAAGUAAUGUUGUCAAAGAAGUAGCAAAAUUAAAAAAAAAUCGAGAAGAAAGAAGACAGCGACAGGCUGAACUUAAAGAAGAAAAAGAAGCUUUAAUGAAUAUGGAUCCAGGAAAUCCAAAUUGGGAGUUUCUUGCUAUGAUUAGAGACUACCAAGUUAACUUAGAUUUCAAGCCCUUAAGAGAUUCUGAAGUAGUUGAAGAUCAUCAAAUCACUGUCUGCGUUAGAAAAAGACCUCUCAAUAAAAAAGAACUCAAUCGAAAAGAAGUAGAUGUUAUUGCUAUCCCAUCCAAAAAUCAAGUUAUUGUACAUGAACCUAAAAACAAAGUAGAUUUAACAAAAUAUUUAGAAAACCAGCAUUUCAGAUUUGAUUAUGCUUUUGAUGAGACUUGCAACAAUGAAACAGUUUACAAAUAUUCUGCAAGACCUCUUGUAAAAACUAUAUUUGAUGGUGGAAUGGCUACCUGUUUUGCUUAUGGACAAACUGGUAGUGGUAAAACGCAUACCAUGGGUGGAGAUUUUCAUGGAAAAACGCAAGACUGUAAAAAGGGCAUCUAUGCAAUGGCUGCUAAAGAUGUUUUCCGAUUUUUAAAUUCAUCUAGUUACUCCCCAUUAAAUCUGGUUGUCACAGCUAGUUUCUUUGAAAUAUAUAGUGGAAAGGUAUUUGACUUACUUGGUGAUAAAGCCAAGUUAAGAGUUCUUGAAGAUGGUAUGCAAAAAGUACAAGUAGUUGGGCUUACUGAAAAAGUGGUUACUACUGUGGACGAAGUAUUGAAAAUAAUUAACGAUGGCAACAGUGCAAGAACUUCUGGUCAGACAUCUGCCAACAGUAAUUCUUCAAGGUCACAUGCAGUUUUCCAAAUUGUAUUACGUAUACCUGGUCUAAAUCAAAUACAUGGAAAAUUUUCAUUAAUAGAUUUGGCUGGAAAUGAAAGAGGUGCUGAUACAUCUUCUGCAAAUCGUCAAACACGAAUGGAAGGUGCAGAAAUAAAUAAAUCUCUUCUUGCAUUAAAAGAAUGCAUUCGUGCUUUGGGAAAAAAAGGUUCUCAUUUACCUUUUAGAGCUAGUAAGUUAACACAAGUACUUCGAGACUCUUUUGUUGGUGAAAAUAGUAAAACAUGUAUGAUUGCAAUGAUUAGUCCAGGACUAAGUUCAUGUGAACAUUCUCUAAACACCCUCCGUUAUGCUGACCGUGUUAAAGAAUUGGACGCAUCAGAUCCUGCAGCUGGUGAGAAUCAUGCUCCUAUGUAUUCUCCACAGCCAAGCCAUUCUCCAAACAUGUCUCGUAAUUUACAAGACGUUAGUAUGGUUGAUGACGAUUUGGCUGCACUUAGGUCACUUAAUGAAGGUGAAUUGUCUGCUGACUUAUACAAUUUCCACGAGGCAGUAUCUCAACUACAAGAACAAGAAGAUGAAAUGCUUGAUAAACAUAAAUCAUUAUUAGAAGCUGGGCAAAAGUGGUUACAAAAAGACAAACAAUUGUUGGCAAUGACUAAAAAUGUUGACUACGAUCAAGAUGCAUACUCGUUGCAGUUGCUUAAUUUGCUUCAAGACAAAUUAGCAUCCACUCAAGAUUUGGUUGAAACCGUACUUGCAUUCAGAAAGCAGUUGACAACUGAGGAACAAUUCAGUCAGAAUAUAAAUAGAGGCGGCCAUCGUUAAAGAAAACAUUUUAUUUGUUUAUAUUUCAAUGUAAGAUUUAGUUCUUUUUUAAGUCUAUAUU